CGACUACAAGAUGGAUUCAUAUUACUUUCAUCAACCGUUACGGCAUAUCAUACACAUUGUCGUUGGAAUAUUUGGUUCUCAAAUCCCUCCAUAACAUUCGCAUUCACCCAAAUCGGACGAUCCCCUCAAUCAACUACAAGAUGCCGGCUACUUAUAACUACGAGUACUUCAACGUCACAUUUCCGGAGCAAUAUGUGGCACAUGUUGAAAUCAACCGCCCGGAGAAGAUGAAUGCCUUCAUCGAAAUAAUGUGGCUGAAUCUCGAGCAAAUCAUUAAGAAGCUGUCGCGAGACUCCGACGUUCGGGCCAUUGUACUCACAGGCGCUGGUGAUCGAGCGUAUACUGCGGGUCUAGAUGUUCAAGCCGCCUCACAGGGGACCAUUGGGGGCAAGGGCAAAGUUGCGGAUGUUGCAAGAGAAAUGAACAAAGUGCGUCAGCAUGUUCUUGAGUUCCAAGACUGCAUCACUGCGCUAGAACGAUGCGAUAAGCCCAUCAUCACCGCUCUCCACGGAUACAGCUUUGGUCUUGCUAUCGACAUGUCCGUGACUUGCGAUAUCCGAGUGUGCAGCGCAGACACUCGAUUUAGCGUCAAAGAGGUGGACAUUGGCAUCGCAGCUGACAUCGGGACUUUGACCAGGCUCCCCAAAGCCGUCGGAAACCAGAGCUGGGUGAAGGAGGUCUGUUUGACUGCGCGUAUCUGGAGCGCCGAAGAAGCACUUCGUGUCGGCUAUGUCAGCCAUAUCUUCCCGGACAAAGCUGCCGCCGUCAAGGGAGCCUUUGGGAUCGCGAAACUGAUUGCUGAGAAGAGCCCUGUGGCCACUCUGGGAACGAAGAACAUUAUCAACUUUUCAAAGGACCGACGUGUUGAAGAUGGCCUGAUUUACACCGCUGUUUGGAAUGGCGGCAUGAUCCAAACCAAGGAUACCAAAGAUGCCCUACUGUCAGGACUACAAAAGCGAAAACCGACGUUUGAGAAGCUGUAGAGCAGCUCGUACUUGGAGCGUUCUGGAAUAACACCUGGUUGUUUGCCUGGGCCACGGGAGGUCAUCAAUCCUGCGGGCCAUGAAGUUAUUUAUCACUAGCCAUCUGGAAAUUCUUGGAGAUGUGUAAAGCAUAUUGCCAGUGCAUCCUCAGUCGGGCUUAGCAUGUUAUCAUAGCAAUAUAUAUUGUUCGAAUACCAAUGACAUCA